AUGGAUAAUGCAAACCUGUGGACCCGCCGGACAAACUCCUCCAAGUUGUCUUUAUCAACACCUGGGGCGGACGCCAAAGAUGGCGCUCGGGUCGAACUGCCCCGCCCAUCCAAGCGGUUCGGCCCCGACAGCUCCCACGGCCGCUCAAAUCCUUUUAAUGCAAUGUCCCCAUUAUCCGGUGGUGUCUCUUCACCCUCUACUAAUGCUUCCUCCGCUUUUGGUCUGGGAUCCGGUGCAUUCGCCUCCUUUGGUGCGCCCAAGACUCCCGGUGGCUCCGAGUUGAAAACACCCGGCGAACGGCGGGAAGCCCUGAUGGAACACGACGAGGCCCAACCCGCCUUUGACCACGUCCUGUCUGCUCCUGGCGAGCAUGGUCUCAAGUCGACAUGGAUUGUCUGGUACCGCCCUCCCACACCUAAAUAUUCCGACUAUGAAAAGUCCACCGUGCCGUUGGCUUCGAUAAACUCGGUAGAGAGCUUCUGGGCUGUCUACUCGCACCUCAAGCGCCCUUCCCUUCUUCCGACUGUUUCCGACUACCAUAUUUUUAAGAAAGGUAUCCGCCCUGUUUGGGAAGACGAGGCGAACAAGCGAGGAGGCAAGUGGAUUGUGCGCUUCAAGAAGGGUGUGUCCGAUCGUUACUGGGAGGAUCUCCUCUUGGCCAUGGUCGGAGACCAAUUUGCGGAAGCCGGGGAUGAAGUCUGCGGUGCCGUUCUGAGCGUCCGCGGUGGCGAAGAUGUACUGAGUGUCUGGACCCGAAUUGAUGGGGGGCGCAACAUUAAGAUCAGAGAAACGAUCAAGCGCCUGUUAGCAUUCCCCACAGACACCAAUAUCAUCUGGAAGAGCCAUGAUGACAGCAUUGCACAGCGGUCUGCUAUUGACCAGGCUCGCCAUGAGAAGGCCGUCACCGGUACAGGUCAUCAAGAACGGCGUCGCCCAGGCCAAGAUGACCUGGAAAAGGGUAAAGCAGCCGUGGCUCUAUGA